AUGGAGAGCAAUAAAUUUAAUGAAACUGAUUUGUCUGUGUUAAUUCAAUUUGGAGAUGAAUCUUCUGAAAUAAUUACUGAUGAAUGUGCUGGCGGAUUGACUCAAUUAUUGCUUUGUGCUGGCGAAAUUUAUUAUGGACAAUUCGUCUUACUUGGCUAUAACGGUGCUGAAUUAACUGGAGAACAGAAGAAUCAUGCAAAUAAUCGAAAAAAUUUUUCCAAAAUGUUUUUCAAACGCCGUUUGGAGCCAAAUGGAAUAAAGAAAGGUUCAGUCACUAAAUUGAGUGGAACUGCUGCAGCCAACAAAGCUAAGGCUUUGCGUGAUUCUAAUAGACAUACAGUGGCUUUCGGUUAUGGAAAGAAUGGAACAGUUGUUGUAGAAUAUUUGUUAGACCCUACCAAGGAUAUGUUUCAGAUUGGCCGUUCUUCAGAAGAACAAAUUGACUUUACAAUAGUAGACACUUGGCUAGCUUCGGGUAAUGGAGGACAUCCUUCUCCUUGUUGUGGUGGACAUAAUAAAAGCCGUCAUUCAAGUCAUAGAGAAGAACAUUCCGAACAAAAAACAAUUAGUUCAACAAUAUCUCGCUAUGCUUGUCGUAUUUUGGCUGAAAGGGACAAACCUCACAGAGUUCAAAUUUUUGCUGCUGGUUUUGACUCUUCUCGUAAUAUUUUUCUUGGAGAAAAAGCUACCAAAUGGCAAAAGAAAAAUGGGGAAUUUGAUGGAUUAACUACAAAUGGUGUGCUUAUAUUACAUCCAAAUUGGUGUAACGGGGAGGAGCAUUCGGACGAUACAGGGGAUAUGUACAUUUGGAGAGAAGUUUCGGUAGAUGGGGAUAUUUACACUUUGCGUUCAGCUCGAUCUUCAACUCAACGUGGUGCUUUAGUUUUGGGUGAAACCAAUGAACUGCAGGACGGUACUCUAAUCGAUCUUUGUGGGGCUACACUUUUAUGGCGUUCUGCCGAAGGGCUAAAACAAAGUCCAUCAAAAGUUGAAUUGGAACAUAGACUUGACGAACUUAAUGCUGGCAAACCUCAAUGUCCAGUCAAUUUAAAUACUUUGGUUAUUCCAAGAAAGCGACACAGCAAAAGUAGCAGUAGUUCAAAACAGCCUUAUGUCUAUUUCCGUUGUGGGCAUGUUCAAGGAAAACACAAUUGGGGAGUUCAAAAGAACGGUUCAGCAGUAACAUUUCGUUGUCCAAUAUGCCUCGUCGAUUCAGAACGUGUAGCUCAAUUAACAAUGGGCAUGGAAUCAGCCUUUCAUCUUGACUCGGGUCUUUUGGAAUAUUCAUUUAAUCCGUGUGGACAUAUGGCUAGUAAAAGGACUGUUCGUUAUUGGUCUCGUAUAACAAUGCCUCAUGGCACCAAUUCAUUCCAUCCAGUAUGUCCAUUCUGUACAUCUCUACUUACUAUAGACAAGCCAUUUGUUCGAUUGAUUUUUCAGGAUCAUUGCUAUGAAAAUUGA